AUGUUACCUCAGAAGUGGGCUUCGGUGGUUCUGCUGCUGCAGCUCUGCAGUGCUGGCUGUGGAUUCUGUGGAAAGGUUCUGGUGUGGCCUGUUGACAUGAGCCACUGGCUUAAUAUAAAGAACAUUCUAGAGGAACUCGCAAAGAAAGGACAUGAGGUAACUGUGUUGACUCCUGCACAUACUAAGCUCAUUGACUACAAGAAACCUUCCCCACUGAACUUCGAAAUAUUGCAUUCAGAAUAUCAGAAAGAAUCAGUGGAGAAAGCACAUGAGAAAUUUCUGGACGUAAUUUUGAAUGUCUUGCCAAACUUAACACCCUGGCAAUCAACAAUAAAACUGAAUGAUGUUUUUCUUGAAAUAACUGAAAGUGUAAAAACCCUGUGUGAGAGUGCAGUCUACAAUCAGGCACUCAUGAAGAAGCUCCAGGAAAGAAACUACGAUGUAAUGGUUAUAGACCCUGUAAUGCCCUGUGGAGAGUUGGUGGCGGAAUUGCUUGGAGUCCCUUUUGUGCUCACAUUAAGAGUGUCUAUGGGAGGCAUGAAGGAGAAACACUGUGGGAAACUUCCAGCUCCACCUUCUUAUGUUCCUGUUCAGAUGGUGGGACUUACAGACCGAAUGACCUUUCUGGAAAGAGUAAAAAAUGUAAUGUUCUCUGUUCUCUUUGACUUCCGGAUCCGGGAUUAUGACAUUCAUUUUUGGGACCAAUUUUACAGUGAGGCAUUAGGAAGACCCACUACAUUAUGUGAGACUCUGGGGAAAGCUGAAAUUUGGUUAAUUAGGACAUAUUGGGAUUUUGAAUUUCCUCGCCCAUACCUACCUAAUUUUGAAUUUGUUGGAGGAUUGCACUGCAAACCUGCCAAACCUUUACCUAAGGAAAUAGAAGAAUUUGUCCAGAGCUCAGGCAAAGAUGGUAUUGUGGUGUUUUCUCUGGGUUCAGUGAUCCAAAAUCUCACAGAAGAAAAGGGCAAUCUUAUUGCCUCGGCCCUUGCCCAGAUUCCACAGAAGGUUUUAUGGAGAUACAAAGGAAAGAAACCAGCCACAUUAGGAGCCAAUACUCGGCUCUAUGAUUGGCUACCCCAGAAUGAUCUUCUUGGUCAUCCAAAAACCAAAGCUUUUAUCACUCAUGGUGGAAUAAAUGGGAUCUAUGAAGCUAUUUAUCAUGGGGUCCCUAUGGUGGGAGUUCCCAUGUUUGCUGAUCAGCCUGAUAACAUUGCUCACAUGAAGGCCAAAGGAGCGGCUGUGGAGGUGAACUUAUACACAAUGACAAGUGCAGAUUUGCUGCACGCCUUGAGAACAGUCAUUAACAAUUCUUCCUAUAAAGAGAAUGCUAUGAAGUUGUCAAGGAUUCACCAUGACCAGCCCAUGAGACCUCUAGAUCGAGCAGUCUUCUGGAUCGAGUUUGUCAUGCGCCACAAAGGAGCCAAACACCUGCGGCCAGCCUCCCAUGACCUCACCUGGUUCCAGUACCACUCUUUGGAUGUGAUUGGGUUCCUGCUGGCCUGUGCAGCAUCUGCUAUAUUCUUGAUCACAAAAUGUUGUUUAUUUUCUUGUCAAAAAUUUGGUAAAACAGGAAAGAAGAAAAAGAGGGAAUAG